UUGACACCUCACACGAUCACUCACCAUGUCCAUGGGCCAGAGCAAGAGCAAGAGCAAGAGCAAGCGCGCACGCGCGCGCGAUGCCGACGCCGACCUCCCGCGCGACCUGCACGAGGAGGUGGGGGAGCACCCUACCGCCGGGGCAGUCACCCAUGUCAUGGGCCUGGCCGACGCACAGCGCAUCGAGGACGACGUCGAAGAUAACCUCAAGCUGUGGGGGCUGACAGAGGCCCUGCGGAAUGGCUACCUCCCGUCCAACGCGCAGCUCGACAUUGCGCUCACGAAACUCGGCGACCUUAUCCAGCCUGAGCGCGCGAAGAACGGCGACACAGAAAAGGCGCUCGAAGCCCUCGUAUCGCUAUCACGGACGCUGCGAAAGGCCAUACGGCAGAAGAACGCAGACCAGCUCAUCCAGGACACGGCGUACCUCGCUUUCCAGGAGAGCCGGGACGAGGUCGGCGAGCGGAUAACGCGGCGGGUGACCAAGCUGCCGAGUGUGAAGAACCCGCCGUGGGAGAUCAAGGAGGCGGCGACGGCAGCGGAUGGCGCGAGGCCGGCGAUCGCGCGACAGCCGUCGGGGUCGUCUCUCGCGUCCGGGGAGAGCACGUACACGACGGCGUCGUCGACGGCGCACGACCCAGACGUCGCGGUUAGUCCCAAGAGCAAAAAGGACGUCGGCGCGGUCAAGAUGGAGCACGCGUCGCGCCAGGGCGAGCUGUUCGUCGCCGCGCGCCAUGUGCGCACACUCGGCAUGAUAUUCGCGACCAACUCUGAGCUCCGCGCUGCUCUGGGCGAGCUCGUCGCCAUCGCGCGCGAUAUGGCCAAGAAGGCGGACAAGGACGAGCUGAAGGAGGAGAAGAAGCGCGCGAAGAAGGCGCGCAAGGAGAAGGAGGAGGAGGAGCGCGAGCGCGAGAAGAAGGAGAAAGAGAAGGAGAAGGAGAAGGGGGUGGCGAAUGGCACGGCGGAUGGGUCCGGUGGGAAGAAUGAGCCGGGGGCCAAGUCUGCGUCGACGAGCCCACAACGCUCGACGUGGAGCGACUGGGGUGCAGGCCAGUUCGACCUCCUGCACAUGUCUAUGCCGUCGCUGCCGAGCUUCCCCAGCCCGCCGAGUAGACGGUCAAGUAGACGGUCAAGUAGACGGUCCAAGACUCCGCCCGCGGCUCCUGAGCCUGAAGAGGAGGACGAGGACAACGAGGCCCCCGAGAAUGGGGAGCAUGCCUCCACGGAUGACGAGCCCACCACGACCACGGACGACGACGACGACCUCGGAGGCCCGGCGCCGCAGCCGCCCGGCGCGUUCUUCGCCGACGCGGACGAUCACGACGAGGUCACCUGGGCCGACAUCGAUGUCGGGGACGAAUCGACCAAGCAGGGUCAGGAGAACGUUGCGCGAGCCGAGGCGGCGAAGAAGGACCCGCGGACAGCCAAGUUCCUCGGGCAUCUGAAGAUCGCUGUCGGGAGCCUACAGGAGCAGGAGGGCUACGCCGAGGCCAUGGAGUGGCUCAUGGAGAUGUUCAAGGCCUACGAGGAGGAGGUGCUGCAGCGCGAGACGGCCAAAGGCGCGCUGUCUCGCCUCGCCAAAGCUGGCGAGCGCAAGGUCAAGGGGCAGGAGGAGGUGCCCGAGGCGCCAGUAACCUCCACGCCCACGCGCCAGAUUCUGGCAAACUUCGUGACUAUCAUGGAGCGGUUUGCGCGCGGCCGCUCGACCAGCUCGAUCCAGAAGGCGAUCGCCGACCUCUACGCGGACGUGUUUGACGACGACUCGGCCAUGAAGCUGUGGCGCGAUGUCGACCGGCUGAUCGCCAACGUGCUCCUCAAGAAGGGGUAUCUCGGCAGCGACGAGUGCGCCGAGAAGGCCGAAGAUAUCUGGACGCGCCUGAUGGCGUGGCUCAAGGACGGCGUGUACCGCGCCCAUUGGAACGCGCUGUGCUUUGGCGUGUCGUACUGGCUUGGAUGGAAGGACGGCGACCCGAAGAAGACGGAGCGGCCGUGGUUCCGCGACGACCCGAUCACCGCCAAGCUGCAGGACGACGCGCACGAUUUUGCCAGCGCGUUGUUUUUGGACAGGAAGGGCAGGCUGAGCUUCAAGCCGGCCAUCUGGCAGGACGUGUUCAACCUCGUGUUCCCGGCGCUCACGAAGGGGGGCGGCGGCUUCUUCCCCAUCCCGCGCAUGGAGCUUGCCUCGCCCAACGUCGAGCUGGUGCUGGAGAAUGUGUACCUGUCCAUCUCGAACAUUCUCCCGACGAUGGUUACCAUCGAGGAGCACCGCAUGACCAAGCUUUCGCCCUUUGACGCGAUCAAGAACACGCACCGGAAUCGGAACAAGAUUAGGAUAUCCCAGGUGCAGGCCGAUGUGCGCGACGCAAUGAUCUGGGUCAAGUUCAGGAAGCUCAAGAUCCAGGACCAGGGCGAUGUGGAUAUCACGCUGUCUCGGCAGGGCUUAUCGAUCACGCUCGACCUCGAGUUCAACACGGACGAGAACGCGAAACGUAUGCUGACAGUGCACGACGUCGAUGUGAACAUCGAUCAAUUGAGCAUGCGGGUCCGCAACUCGAGCCGGGACCGGCUCUUCCGCGCAGUUUUGCCCGCUUUCGGCGUACCGUUCCUCAAGAGCAAGCUCACCGCCGCGCUGGAGAGGAAGAUCCGUGUGAUACUCGAGCGCACCAAUGCCGAGAUGAUGGAGAUCAGACGGCGGCUGGACCUGGCCGCGACCGAGACCAAACGUGAGGUCAAGGACGACGACUCGGCCAGCCAGCGGCUGUACCGCAUUGUCGCGAAGCGUGCACAGGAGAUCAAGAAGGAAAUGGACGCCGUCAAGGCGGUCAAGCGGAAACGGACUGAGCGGCUGCGGCACGAGUCGAUCCAGCGACACGACGCUGCGGGGCCCGAGUCGCCAGUAUCCACGCCGUCGAGUUCCACAUCCGAAAUCAACCUGCCUGAUGUGGGCGACUUUCCGCGCGCGCCGAUCGACAAGAAGAAGUCGUUCAAGAUCUCUGCACGGCUGGAAGAGGCGCUCCUCCCCCAUCUUUCCGCUGAUGCCGAGCGGUCGAUCGUGUAUCGCCGCUGGCGGGCGGAAGAGUCGAGCAGACGCGCGAACGGCGCCGCGUUGGCGAUUGAGCGGACGACGGCAGGCGUCGUGCCCACCGCCACUGGGCUGCGAGGCGGCGCAGGGGGCAAAGGCGCGCAGAAGCUCUGGUGGUCGCCCGUGUUUAACUGGGACUGGCGAGGUCUUGGCGACCCGGGCAAGGCGCCGCGCGAGAAGCCUCGUGCAUAGUGGGGGAGGGCAGUGUCUGCCCAUGAAUGGCCCGCCGCGUCGUGCCGCUCGGGCCAUGCAGGUCGACCGAUGCUCGCUCGGUCUUAAGCCUUCGGGGCUCGUGCAUGCCUCGAGUCGCCGAGAGACCCGACAGGCCCGAUGCCUUGUGACACUUUUGUAAUCAGCCAC